AUGGCGCCACUAAUCACGCUUCCAAUCCCGCAUGAUUGGUUCCAAUCAGAGAUGUACCAGCUGCAUGGCGGCGCCCCUUUCAGGAGGGACCACACAGGGGCUGUGUACGACAAAGCCGGCGAGCGGCUGCGGCUGCUGCACGAUACGCUGGCCAUUUUCAGCCAGCUGGUCACAGACCCGGCGUUCGCUGAGUCAGAGAUCGCUUACGUCAGCAGGACCGAGUACCCAGAGUGGGCUAUCCCGGCAUUGAAAGAGUUCCACAUCCCCAUCCCCGAGGACGGCGGCCCCACCAACUACGAGGCGCUGCGCGUGCGCGGCCGCCCCCUCACGCUGCACGAUGUCGGGAAGCACAUGGAGAUCUACCCCGGAAGCAAGACCACCCACUUCAAGCGCAUCAUCAAGGCGGCAGGCAUCGAGCCGCGCGACUGCCUCUUCUUCGACAACGAGAAGUGA